CCCCCGCCUAUCCCCCCCCACCCCGGCCCGCGAUGUGCUAGAGGACCUGGACAACGAACCGGACGACCACCUGGUGGUAAUGCUGCGGAUGCCCUUCCUACCCUUGAUGUCACUUCGCUUUUACAGCCAGUUGACUAGUACGGUGCCACUCAGAUUGCCAGGACAGAUAAUCAUACUGUACUACAACAUAAUGGAGAAUCGUCAAAACUGAUCUGAACAGAGGAGGGCCCUUCCCCCAGAUGAAUGGAAGAAGAGCUUCCGGUUAAAGAAAAGCUGUACAGUGCCGAGGACGUCAUGACGCCGGUGAAGGAAACCUGCCUUAUUGCGUGGCUGGUCACAAGUCUGGGAGUUUGGGAGUUGGUACAACCAAUAGCAGCAGAGGAUUCUCAGUGCCAGAGAGCAGAACAUCCAGUCAUCACAUACAAAGAAAUAUCCCCCUGGUUGCAUGAGUUCAGAAUGAAGAAUGCUGUGGAUUUUUCUCAGCUGACAUUUGAUCCGGGACAGAAAGAACUUGUUGUAGGAGCCAGAAAUUACCUCUUCAGGUUACAGCUUGAGGAUCUUUCUCUUAUCCAGGCAGUGGAAUGGCAGUGUGAUGAAGCCACUAAAAGAGCGUGCUACAGUAAAGGGAAAUCUCAGGAGGAGUGUCAGAAUUAUAUCCGUGUACUCCUUGUGGGUGGUGACCGGCUGUUUACCUGUGGCACCAAUGCCUUCACGCCUAUUUGCACCAAUCGCACGCUAAGCAACUUGACUGAGAUCCACGAUCAGAUAAGUGGCAUGGCCCGUUGCCCUUACAGUCCUCAGCACAAUUCCACCGCCCUCCUUACAUCCAGUGGGGAGCUGUAUGCUGCUACGGCCAUGGACUUCCCAGGAAGGGAUCCUGCCAUUUACCGGAGUCUCGGGAUCCUCCCUCCUCUGCGCACGGCACAAUACAACUCCAAAUGGCUCAAUGAGCCAAAUUUUGUGUCAUCUUAUGACAUUGGGAACUUCACUUACUUCUUCUUCCGAGAAAAUGCGGUGGAGCAUGAUUGUGGAAAAACCGUUUUCUCCAGAGCCGCCCGUGUCUGUAAGAAUGACAUCGGAGGUCGAUUUUUGCUGGAAGACACCUGGACUACAUUCAUGAAGGCUCGACUGAACUGCUCCCGACCUGGAGAAAUUCCCUUCUACUACAAUGAACUGCAAAGCACCUUCUUCCUUCCAGAACUGGAUCUGAUCUAUGGGAUCUUCACUACUAACGUGAACAGCAUAGCAGCCUCCGCUGUUUGUGUUUUCAAUCUGAGUGCUAUCACCCAAACUUUCAAUGGACCAUUCAAGUACCAGGAGAACUCUCGCUCAGCCUGGCUGCCUUAUCCAAAUCCCAACCCCAAUUUCCAGUGUGGAACAAUGGACCAGGGCUUGUAUGUGAAUUUGACUGAAAGGAAUCUUCAGGAUGCUCAGAAGUUUAUUCUGAUGCAUGAAGUGAUCCAGCCAGUUAUUCCAGUUCCGUACUUUAUGGAAGACAACAGCCGGUUUUCCCAUGUGGCAGUGGAUGUGGUCCAGGGCAAAGACAUGCUUUUCCAUCUCAUCUAUCUGGCUACAGACUACGGCACCAUCAAGAAAGUGCUCGCCCCUAUGAAUCAGACUUCCAGCAGCUGCUUGCUUGAGGAAAUGGAACUCUUCCCCAAGAGGCAGAGGGAGCAGCCCAUCAGAAGUCUGCAGAUUUUACACAGUCAAAGUGUCCUGUUUGUGGGCCUGAGGGAGCACGUGGUCAAGAUUCCCUUGAAGAGAUGUCCGUUUCACAAAACCCGCAGUGCUUGUAUCGGAGCCCAGGAUCCUUACUGUGGCUGGGAUGUGGUGAUGAAGAAAUGCACAACCUUGGAAGAGAGCCUAAGCAUGAGUCAGUGGGAGCAGAGCAUUUCCGUGUGUCCAACAAGGAAUUUAACUGUAGAUGGGAACUUUGGAGAAUGGUCCUCAUGGACUCCUUGUAGCCACACAGAUGGUAACAUCGUGGGUUCCUGCCUCUGUAGAACUCGCUCCUGUGACAAUCUCCCUCAGUGUGGAGGCUGGCAGUGUGAGGGACCGAACAUGGAAAUCAUCAACUGUUCCAGAAAUGGAGGCUGGACGCCCUGGACUUCUUGGUCACCCUGCAGUACCACCUGUGGGAUUGGUUUUCAAGUGCGUCAGCGGUCCUGUAGCAAUCCCACCCCCCGCCAUGGAGGCCGGGUGUGCGUAGGGCAGAACCGGGAGGAAAGAUACUGUAAUGAGCAUUUGCUGUGCCCCCCUCAUAUGUUUUGGACGGGCUGGGGUCCGUGGGAACGUUGCACAGCACAGUGUGGGGGCGGGAUUCAAGCUCGUCGCAGGACCUGUGAGAACGGCCCCGACUGCCCUGGCUGUAACGUGGAGUAUCAACCGUGCAACUCUAAUCCGUGUCCAGAGCUGAAAAAGACCACUCCCUGGACGCCCUGGACCCCUGUCAACAUCUCGGACAACGGAGGCCACUACGAACAGCGCUUCCGCUACACUUGCAAGGCCCGGCUGCCUGAUCCUAAUUUGCUGGAGGUUGGAAGGCAGAGGAUAGAAAUGCGUUACUGUUCCAGCGAUGGCACUAGUGGCUGUUCAACAGACGGGCUUUCCGGGGACUUAAUGCGAUCUGGCAGAUACUCCGCCCACACCAUCAACGGGGCCUGGUCAGCAUGGACUCCCUGGUCUCAGUGCAGCCGGGACUGCAGCAGGGGAAUCCGGAAUCGCAAACGGGUCUGCAACAAUCCCGAGCCCAAGUAUGGGGGGCUUCCCUGUUUGGGCUCCUCUCUGGAAUACCAGGAAUGCAACAUGUUGCCCUGCCCAGUUGAUGGAGGUUGGUCUUGCUGGUCAUCCUGGUCCAAGUGCUCUGCAACCUGUGGUGGGGGCCAUUACAUGAGGACCCGGUCAUGCACAAAUCCGGCCCCCGCGUACGGGGGAGAUAUCUGCCUGGGACUCCACACCGAAGAGGCACUCUGCAACACACAGUCUUGCCCAGAUAGUUGGUCUGACUGGUCUGACUGGUCUGAGUGUGAUGCAUCAGGGGUUCAGAUCCGCGUCCGCCAGUGUAUCAUUUUGUUUCCCGUCGGCAGCCAGUGCUCUGGAAAUACCACUGAAAGCAGGACUUGUGCAGUGGAUUCAAACUUCAUUCCAGAAAUAUCUGUAGCAAGAUCCAGUAGUGUAGAAGAGAAAAGAUGUGGUGAGUUCAACAUGUUCCAUAUGAUCGCGGUAGGAUUAAGCAGCUCCAUUCUCGGUUGUCUUCUUACACUGCUCAUCUAUACCUACUGCCAACGUUAUCAGCAGCAAUCUCAUGAUGCAACCGUCAUCCAUCCAGUGUCACCAGCUCCGCUUAAUACCAGCAUCACUAACCACAUCAACAAACUGGACAAAUAUGACUCUGUAGAAGCCAUUAAGGCAUUUAACAAAAACAACUUGAUCCUAGAGGAACGAAACAAAUACUUCAAUCCACAUCAUACUGCAAAGACCUAUUCUAACGCCUAUUUUACAGAUCUCAAUAAUUAUGAUGAGUACUAAUGGCUCUUAUAUUUUUUGGUCUCUUGUAAUUCCCCAGUCCCCCCCGGCCUGUGCUACCUGACUGCCCAUGUGUUUGCGGCUUCAGAGGUGAAGUUUGGAGACAUUUCAAGCACACUCCAAGCCAUCAGUGUCCCAUUGCUGCCAAAAACAUCCCCCACCACCACCAUCACAACAACAAAAAAAAAAACCAAAAAAACUAUGACAUCGUGACAGCUUGACUGACCUCCAGCACCUGAUCACAAUUGAGCGAGCUGGCUGUCACUCAGAAGUUAAUAUUUGGGGGAUCAAAAUUCUCUAAUACGACUUUUCUUGAGCUUUUUUUGUAACAUGCGCUGCCCUUCUUGAAGAGUGCAUCAGGAAUAUGAGCGUCAGCUGUGGGUAAAACCUUGCAAGAGAUUUUGGGAGGGUUAAAAUGAGCACAGAACGAUGAGAUCAUCUGAGGUGCGGCAGGUUCUGGCCACGACCUGGCAAAGAAGCUCACUUAGCCCUGGGAAAAAGAGGAGGAGAAAUUUAGCUGUCCAGAUGUCCUUCAAUGGCCCCAUUAUCAAAAUCCAUUGAUGUUCUGUCUGGAAUUCUUGAGAAUAACCCUCCUUUGGUGGGAAACUGUUGCCCAGAAUUUAACCUGAUCAAAUCCAGGAACUCAAGCUCGUUUGGACAUCCAUAAGAGAAUAUGGGGUAACCCCGUGAGUCAGUUCGACAGAUGGAACUUUUGUCUUGUUGCAUUUGUUAUUUGCUUGUCUUAGGGGGAGGCUGGAGGAAAGAGGAUACAGUGAAAGUUGUCUGCAUGUGGUUAGUAAACUGGCAUUAUUGUAGCAUCCGGAACUGCAUGACUCACAGCAUUCCAGAGACCUCCCCUCCUGGGCAUUUGCCAGUGGACCAAUGGUGCACGAAUAAACUCACCAGCCUCCUCCCCCUGGCUUUCUCGGGAACAUAUGGACAAGCGCAGAACUGCUCUUCUGUUUACACCACCUUGUUUACCGGUGCCUGUUUAAAAUAUGCAGAAAGUCCAGAUGUGCUAUGAAAAGCAACUUUUUAAUCUUCCUGACGUAUCUGAUAUAUGGUAAUCAACCCCUGCCCGGAGCAUUAAUAAUGUUGUUUAAAGAAGGCUUCCUGUCGGGCCUGCUUGCUGUAAAUAUUUAAAUUCCAGCAGAGAUGUAAGCUAUCACAUUUUGCCUGCUUAAGUUCAGGUGAGAGACUGGGCUACCCUAGUCUUGAUUUUCUGUGCUACUGCUUGCCUUGUUGCUUUCCCAGACCUCCUCAUCAUUCGAUCAAUAUUGCGGGGACCAGAAGAUCAAGGUGCACCACCAAGCAAGGAACAGCCUUUAAAUAGCACCGUGGUUCUCCAAGAUCAAGGAAAUCAAUGUUUUACAAGAGACAUCGGGACUUUCCACAAAGACUCCCCAGCCAUUAAGGGACAAGAUAGAUGCUACCUAUCUUCUUAAAACAAAGGAUGGUAGCAAACACAGGUGGAUGAUCAUCAGGAACCCUAAGAAUAUAAAAAUCAGAGAAGAUAUUGCCUUUCUACUAAGAAAGUCAGGUAAAUGAAGGCAACAACGCAAACAUCAAAAUAAGUGACCAACAUAGAUAUCAGUUACUAGGUGGUCUGUAUCUCUCUCUCCCUGGGAGAUUAAAGUAGAUUGUUUAGAAUGAUCACGGAAGUAAUUCCACUGUACUUAACGUGUACCAGAUACUAUUUUGGAAGUGCAAGAGGGUCUCAUGUAUCUAUUCCUUGAACUACUUUGCAGAAAGAGCUUAAAAGGCAGCUGGGGUCUGGAAAGCCUGAUAGAGUCCCAGUGAAGUACCUUCAGGGAGGUCCUCAAUACGGAGUUCAUUUUGUAUCUCAUGCAUUUUUUUGUGUGAAGUAUAGGAUUGGCUGUGUGUAUGUGCAUUGCACAGAUUUAUGUUCAGUGGAAGCAAUGUAGUAAGAAUGGCAUUCUGAUUGCUUCCCCUGGAAUUCAUUUUUCAGUGGAAGCCUUCAUCGUUUAGACAGUGUGGUAUCACCCACUCUGACAGAGCAGUUACCGUGUUCUAACAAUUAUUCAAUGAAAAUGUGUUUCCCAGAGGGGAAAGGAUGGAUCAGGAAAGGUACAACAGACUUUUUGAACGUUUGCCUAUCCGGUAUUAAAAUCAGUCCUCUGCUCUUCCUGGAAAAGAACCAGAUUCCUUAUUUUGAUAAUGACAAAUCCAUAACCACUUACAAAGCCCUGUUUCUACCUGCCACUGCACUCCAACUAGCAUUGGUCUAGCUUCUGUAAUGGAGAAAAAAAAAAGUCUAUCGGCUGUUAGUUUAGAAUGAAACAUGUAUGUUUUCACCUUAUAUGAAAUAGCAUUUUGCUUCUCGGUAAUUUCAUAGGCAUUACAUAUGAGUGUGUAUAUAUUUUUUUACCUUUCACGUGCCUCUGUACAUAUAAGCCUACCCACUGUAUGCCCACAAAGUGUGUCUGAAUAACAUAUGCAAAGCCCUUACUUUCUUUGCAUUUCCAUUAACCUACUGUUUUCUCCCCAGAUAAGCAGAGUUAUGGUUAUUUCUCUCUGUCAUUCAACCCAAAUAUUUUAAUCCCAGGGAUAGAUCAGAUAUCAAGUGUUAACACUGAAGGGCUGUUUAUUUUUAUUAUUUACUCUGGCAACCUUAUUUUAUUCUUUCCCUGAAAAUCUUAUUGUCACGUUUUGAGUAUAUUCAGCUGGCCAAAAUGUCCUUUAGAAUCUAAGUGUACCCAGUGUGUCGUGCCAAUUUGAGUAAAGAGAAAGCAGAUUUCUAACCUGCAGCAUCUCUUGUUCCUAAACAGCUCCAAUGACAAGUCAUAGGUAAAGUUUUUGAACCCUUGAUGAAAUAAAGGCUGUGCAUCUAUACACACACACAUACACACACACACCUGCCAAUAUCACCUUCCUGUUCAUGCAGAAUCAUCUUCAUUCUGCUUGGUCACAUGACUGGCAUUAGGAUUAUUUUGAAAGCAUAAUCUCUCUGAGAAGUUGAAUGCUACUGACUAAGAUCUGACUUGGAAAUACUUGGGGGUUAGCAUUGUCUCCGUCCUCCAACACCCUUGUAGGAGAGGCAGAAAUUUCCAUGAACAGUAACAAGUGCAUAUAAGAAAAAAGUACUAGACUCAUGGGUUUCCUGGAGCAAGCGGAUUGAGCUGAAAUAAAAUCCCAAGGGGAGCUAUUUUUCUAAAAAAUGUAUCUUUUCGUAACACUAGUAUAAUAAACACAAGUAGCGAUAAAAGCAAAAGGAGUCCAUCUUUACAUGUGUUUUAGGGUGGAGCCAUGGAUCCUUGGAUCCAUGAGCAGCAAAACUAUUACAGAAUGUCAGGAUGAGGUCAUCCUUCAACUGUUAGACUAGUGAAAUGAAAUCAUUAAAACUUUUUGCCAACUGAAUGGUCAUUGUGGGAGUUAAGCAUAAAUAAGUGGACAUCUUAGACCAACAGCUGCACUCUAUUGAAGCCAGAAGUCAAGAAUGGUUUCCUAGUUAGGGUCCUGGUUUUCCAACUAUCAAAGAGAUAUAUUCUGCACUGUCAUUGAGGCCCAGAAUGGAAUAAUAUUAAAAUUUGGAUUUUUAAAUGAAGUAAAAUGGACUCUUGGUAUGUAUUUUUUUUAACCAAACAUCAUGUAUUCAUAUUUUGAUAUUUAAUUUGGGGUAAAUUUACUUUAGGGUAAUCCAAAAAAAAAUUCCUAAACAAAUCAGUAUUAGAAAAUUCCUUCAAGUCCCUCAACCAGCUCACCUUCUCCAUGAUCUGGAUGCUGUAGCUCCCAGCACGUUCUCCAUCCCUAGGUAUUCUAACACUGCAUUUUGUUGUUGUUCUACCAUUACCUCUAUCGGAAUGCAGCUUUUAUUCCUUCCACUCUUGUUUGUAAAUAAAAUGCCAUAGAACUUACCUUCCCUACAAAUCCUCUAGGGCAGAUUGUUAACAGUUGGGAAAGAAUAGUGAAUGUACUGAAAUGUUUAAAUUCUAAAGGCAAACAUUCCACCUGCUAGUUUGAAUUCUCCAUGAACAGUAAAGAAAUGAUCGAGGAUGAAAGGAAUUGGUUAUUUGGGAAAUUAUGGAUUUAACACAUACACAAAUCUUUUGUCACAAAUUGCCACUACAGACAGCUGCACAUUCAGUACCCCCAUUAGAGUCAAAUGAAGGAGUUACUAUUUGAGGGGAAAAGCACAAUAGAAUCAAAAGCAAUUAUAUAUCAAUGUAUAGAGAAAGAUAUUUGAAAUCUAGGUAGUGCCCAUCUUUUUUCCAAAUGACGUCCACUAGAUCAUUAAGCAUGAUGUAAGGUUAAAAUGGAAUCCACAAAUGAAUUAGAAAUAACUGCACUGCACCAUGACUAAGACAACAAAUCAUAGAUGCUGUUCAACAUGGAAUGAUUAAUUUGGGGUGCCCAUCUGCUCUUCACCAUUGAAAUAAAGAGAACAGAAUCACCAUUCCACAUCAUCCCUAUUAUCCCAGGUAAUUUCCAAGAAGAAAAUCCCCAAAAAAGUUUCUGUUUCUUGCCAGGGGUAUAUUAAUUAAACAGAUCAAAAAUGUCUAUCUUGGUGAAUGACUGAUGUCUAAAAUUAGUAUCCAGCAACUCUUAUGAUCAUUUUGGGUCAAUCACUGAAAAUGACACAAUUUGGUAUCAUUUGGAGUUCACAUCAAUAUCCCAAGUUCAAGGAGCUAUGUUUUGUCUUUUUAAGUCAUGCUACCUGCAGUGUGUUAUUGCCGACAUAAAAAAGGGAAAGUGGAAAUUGAGUGCUUACAUAUCACUGACAUUAGAAGUUGGUUGUUUUUUCGAGACCAAAAAGGUAUAAGCUAAACCUGAAGAUUAAUUUCACUUUUCUGCCCCUGGUCAGCAAGUAGCAAUUUAACACCAUAAGCCAGUAAUAAUUUCCAAAUCUAUUUAGAACGCUUUUUGACAUCUGCCUGGAAUUUACACCAAAGUCAGACGAAGAUGCAGAAAAGACAGGAAAUCCUGAUCUAGCAGUCUAAACAAUAUGAUUUUACAACUCCUUUCAAGAAAAAAACACCAUUCUGGGUAUGUACCUUUAUAUACAUACUAGCUAUAGAUACUUAAAAGUAUAUACCCAAAGUGUUUAUGUAUGUUUCCUUAAAAAAGAAGUUACAAGUGCCUUGCAGAAGGCCAUUGUUUGAAUACUUCACCGAUAUAUUGUCCUAAUAAGAAACAUAUCACUUAGAAUUUUUUUUUCAACUGCAUCCAUGUAGUCUUCUCAGUUGAUAAAAAUGAUGAACAUAGAUCAUCAUUAUCAUCUUGCACUGCUCAAGCAUUUGCAGGAUUUCUGACCCCGCACUAGGUGUUAUUGGGGUAAAGGUACUCAGGCUACACCUGAUUCUUCCUUUCAAGGAACCUGUAUUACUGCUUGAAGGUGGGAACUGUGCCUUGUCAUUAAGUUAGGCAAUGUUAAGUACAGAAGGUCCUCAGUUAACACUGCAUCUUUUCUGCAUAGUUCUCUCACAUGUGCAAAACACUCGGUAGUGUAAAUAAUGUCACAGAAAUACAAUUAAGGGUCCAGAAACUUUUCUAAAUUCUCCUAAGAGUUCCACAAUCUGCACAACAUAUGCAUGCAACAGUGCUGUUGAUUUGGGCAGAUUUAUAAGAAAAGAAAAAAAGGUUACUUGCCAAGUUGGUGGCAGAUGGCCUGUGUGCAGUGGAUGGCAGAAUGAGGAAUGAUUUUGAAGAUUAAACACAAUUCAGGAAAUUUCAAGAAGGUUUCUGUGAAAACUGCAUCAUAAGCACCUGUGACAAAGAUAACCUAGGAACAAUCUGUUCUUCUCAUUAGAAUUUAGGGGUUUCUGAUGGACUGUGAUUAAUAAGUAAGAUCACCUUGUGUAUAUGCGCCUUAUGCUUCUAAAAUGAUCAUCUGUAUAUUGUAUGUUCUGCUGUGAAAAUAUUUACACUAGGCCAAUCCAAAAUUCUUUAAAGAGCUAAAAAAGUUCUAUGCUCAUUAAAUCUAUAAUAUGAUCAGAUGCUUCUUAAGAUGUUAAUGUAAGUGUAAAAGGCUCAUACGAGGUGUCCAAAUGCUCAGUAUCUCAUGUAUUUGAUUAAAGAAUAAAAAACUGAUUUAGAGAUUAUUUCUUUUAUAUACCUCUCCCAGUCAGAUACCCUCAAGUUGGUAUUACUGGCAUGGUGUUACAACUGCCCCCAAGCCAAAUUCUACAAUGAAAAGUUUUAAAACUCCAGUGAUAUGGGAUUAUAUUUUUUAAAAUAUAGAAUUGUUCUCCCAUUUUGAAAAAGUGCACUUCAGUUGAGAUUUGUCAGGAUCGACAGGGUCAUUCCUCACUGUGGACUCUAAACAUUCCGCUUUCAGUCUAGAUAAUAUACUCCUUAUUUGCCAAGGGAAGUAACAUGCAUACACCCAUACUAAAAACCUUGUUGAAAUCUUGACACCCACACUUUCAUUAGAUUUCACUUUUGUCCUUGCCAUUUAUCAUUUUAAAAUGUCCAGCCGGCAAAAGCUGCAUCUUAAGUUUCUUAAUGGAACUCGAAAGUUAAAUGGUUUUUGAGAAGGCCUACUGAACAUGUUGAGUGUUAAUAUGAAUCCCCUCCAAAACCUCCAAAUCCAUUGGCAACUCAGGCAUUGCCUGUACUGGGAGCCUCUCAUCGCCACGCAAGGAAAGAGACAAGGUGUCACCAGCCUAUUAAUGUGCAGGAUCUAACAUUCUGCUGGCUUCGAUUUCAAAACUAUCUAAAUAUCUGAAGGUAGUCAUCACCGAUGAUUUACAGAAUGGGUUUGCUCCUAUGAAAUUCCUAAACUCAUUUGCCAUCAGGGAUCGGGCGAACUGAUACAUGGUAUCUGUGAGGAAACCUGAAAAUAGGCCUGCAUUCUCUCCUCCCAUCAACACUCUCCCUGACCCCACCCAGUAAACCACAUCUGCCCUGUAUUUUCAGUAGGAAAAGUCCUGAUCAUGUACAGAAUAAAUUGUAUUAUAUUUUUUGUACUUAUGCUUUGUGUAAAUAGUUUGUCUCAUUCUAUUCUAUGUGAGCAUUGAAAAUAAAUCCAAACCCUUUAGGAAA